AUGAACCAUCAAGGGUUUUUUGGAACUGCUUUAAAACGUAAUUCUAAAAAAUUAAAUUCAAAAAGAGGUGAAGAAUGUCUUAAUAAUAAAUUAUUCGCGAAUGAUAAUCUAAGAAAAAUCUAAUUACCAAAAUAACUUACUUAACAAUAUUGCUUCUCUUUUGAGCAAGGGGUAAAUGGUAUAAGGAUAGAAACCAAAUCGCCAUCAAAAUAAUUGAGAGUAUCCAACAAUUCGAAAUAAAAUAUUGAAAAUACAUCAUUUUAACCUGAAACUUUAAAGUUUUCCUAUAAUCAACAGUUCUUAGCACAUGAUAUAUCCCCCUUGAUUAGAAUAAGAAAGCUCUAACUUGAUAGAGUUAGUUAGAAUCAAAAAUAACUAACAGUAGGUUAGUAGUGUUUUGAUUUUUUAACUAAUAAAAGAAUACGGGCCUAAUCUUUUGUAGAGGAAAGAUGCUUAUCUCCAGAUUAAAAGAAGACUAGACCUCGACUAAAUUUACUAAUUUAAAGAAAUCUCCAUAGUGAAUCAUUUAGAUAAUCAGAUAACUAACUUGAAAAUUACUGA